GACCACUCGACGAAUGAGUAACGAAGCGUGGCCCGCUGCUCUCAAGAGUGGGAAUCGAGGAUCGAUCGCGUCGGUCUGACGAGGAGCAGCAACGCAAGGGCGAGGAGGCGAGGAGAGAUGUUUUCGGCGAGGGGAGAGAGGACCGCCGGCGGACGGUGGUGAAGCAAAGAGGCAAAAGAGCUUGAAACGAGAUCGAGCAGGAACAUGAGAAGAUAGAAAUAAAGAGGGACGAUUCUCGGGGGAACGAAACACCAUGUGCUCGAGCGUGCGAGCCUGGUGGUGGAGAGGGGCACUUCUCGGCACGAUGAUGCUGUUGUCGUGGACGUCCUCGGCGGUGGAGGGCUGCCCGAGCAUGUGCACGUGCAAAUGGAAGAGCGGCAAAGAGUGGGUGGAGUGCGCGAACCGGGACCUGAAGGGGCUGCCGCAAGGUGCCAGGGAGGAGACCCAGGUGUUGGAUCUUUCCAACAAUCAUCUGGUCAGCCUGCCGCCGGAGUGUUUCCACGCCCUCGGCCUGAUCAAUCUGCAACGACUGUACCUGAGCAGAUCGCACAUCAGCCUGAUCGCGGCCAGAGCGUUCGUCGGCCUGGUGGGUCUGGUGGAGCUGGAUCUCUCGGAGAAUCUGAUCGAGGAUGUGCCCAGCGAGACCUUCCCCUCCUACUCGAACCUGAUGAAGCUGCUGCUGAACGGGAACCCGAUACGUGUGAUACGUCGCGGAGCGUUCCAGCAUCUGGCUCAUCUGACCAACCUGGAACUGAGCCAGUGCCAGCUGGACACUAUCGAGCAGGGGUCGUUCGACGGCCUCCACCUGCUCGAGUGGCUGCGACUCGACGGCAAUCGGUUGACCCGCGUGCCCGAUCACACGCUGCCGCUCGGCGGCAGCCUCCGGGGCCUCACGCUGCACAACAACCCGUGGCUUUGCGACUGUCGUCUCCAGGCGACCCAGGCCUGGCUCAAGGAGUCCGCGCCGGCCGCCCCACAAGAGUCCGAGCCGGUCUGCGACGCUCCACCGAAACUGCGCGGCAAACAGAUCAAGGCCGUCAUCGAGCUCGCUUGCCUGCCGCAGAUCCAACUGCCGGACCGGAUCGAGGCUUACGACGGCGACAACGUCACGCUCAAGUGCGACGUCUACGCCGUACCGGCUGCCAAGCUCACCUGGUGGUUCAACGGCGAACUCUGCGAACUCCAGAACGAGAACGACACGCUUCUGUCGUCCGCGUUAUCCGCCACCGCCGUCCUCGUCCAUCGGCCUUGGUACGUGUUGAGGCAGCGCGGCGGGAUCAACAUGACGAGCACCCUGCUGCUCCACUCCGUGGACAGUUCGAACGAGGGGACGUACACGUGCUUGGCGGAGAAUGGCGCCGGUUCCGCGGAGGCGAACCUGUCACUGCGAGUGCAGUUCCAGGAGAAGAUAACGGUGGAGCCGCCCAACGACCACUCGAGGUCCGGAUACGUGGUGGCGGUGGCUGCGGGCGCUCUGGUGGGCACCCUGUUUGCCCUCGGCUCCCUAAUCGGCAGCAUAGUGUUCUGUGUGCGGAAGCGUCGCCGCGACCGCAAGAGAAACUCGAAGGCCCUGGUGUCGCAGAACAAGUCGGUCAUGCCCAUCACCAAGGACACCACCACCAGCCUGCCGUGCAGAAAGGGCAACGGGAGCCUGAUCGGUCUCGAGCACCAGCAGAUCGUCUCGUACACCGAGCGAGAGAUGAAUCGCGCAGCGACGCUCGAGCGCAGGGAGCACCGUAGCCUCGAGGAGCCGUACUGCAGCCCGGUGUCCAAGUAUCUCACCGAACCAGACCUGAUCAACGAGGUGCCGGAAACGACGGACGUCGGUUAUGGUCAGCUGUAUCGGCACCAACCCGGCGAGAGACAGAUCCUGGAAUACGACUCUGGAUACCCGUUGCAACCGGACCUACGCCCGGCGAACAUACCGCAGCUCAGCUAUCUCGAUCAGGACGGCUACCCGUUGAACUUUGGCCUGCCGAAGAUACCGUUCAGCGCGGCGAGCACGCUGCCGCGUCUCAGGCAGAGGAUGCCGGUGGAAGGCUCGGCAGUCGCGCCACCGGCCAGAUAUUCCAGAGAGGCCGAGUUCCUCGCCAGAUCGCCGGGAUACGACCCGGUUCUACCUAGAACCGACACCAGGUACACCGCCGAGGGAUACCCUUAUCCGGCUCAACAGCCGAUUCAGCCGAUUCAACCGAUUCAACAACCGGUCGAGCAACAACAACCAUCGAUGCAACAGCAGCAGCAACAGCAACAGCAGAUGCCCGUUUCUCCCGUGUCACCGGUCGCCGUGUUCCCCGAGGUGCCGUUCAUUCCAUCGCCACCUGCAGCGUACAGAGGCGAGACUACGCCGCUCUCGCCUAGAUCGCUGUUGAGCAAAACCGCUCGGGAAGCUGCGGCGGCAGCCGCCGCCAGGGCGGAGGAUCUUCAACCGCCUCACCACCCGGAGAGCCCCGACGAGGGAUACGUUGGCGACGCGAUGGACGUCUAAAAAGGAAGAGGAUCGGACACGGAAUUCCAGAGAUCGCUGGUUGCUCGACGAAUCGGCGGAGGGCGGAUCGAAUCGUGUUUGAUGCAAGCGAUGACAUCGAAUCUAAUUAUCUCGUUUUCAUAGAGAGAGCUAGAGAGAUAGAGAGAGAGAGAGAGAGAGAGAGAGGAGAUCCAACACGCGCAUAAAACGAGGAGAACAUUCGUCGAGUAUAUUCGGACAAAUUAAUCCUAGGAAAACAAGGCUCGAACACGGAUCGGCGGAACAAGAAACCGUCUCCGUCGUCGUCGUCGUUGUCGUCGUCAUCCGAGAGAAUAGAUAUCAGACGUCGCGCGGCCAAAGUGCCGGUUGAACAGGAACAAAGGGAGCAACGGGGACGUAAUGGAUUAAUCAGGUGCGAGGCUGUUCCCGGAUGUCCCGAAUCUACUAUACGGAUAAUAAUUUCUUGUCAGAGCCAGUGCACCCAGUUCGAAGAACAGCGUUGCUAAUCAAAUAUUCCCCGAAAAGCGAACGUGGUGAUCUUCGUCGGCGAUUCCCGACGUCUUCGGCGUUGAACU